AUGGAAAAUUUACCUGAAAAAACUGUUUCCAUAGCACCAGCAUUAGAUGAACGUGAUUUAAUUUUAUCAAUGCGUAAACUUGAUUUAAUAAAAGAAUUAGGAGAUAAACAAAAUCAAUUACAACGUAUACAAACUCAUUUAAAUCAAAAUUCCGAUUUAGUUACACGUGAAAAUCAAGUUUUACGUGAGUUUCAUAAAGAACUUGAUAUGCUUAUUCAAGAACGUAUGUCACAUAUUGAAGAAUUACGUUUAAUUCAUGCUGAUAUCAAUAUUAUGGAAACAACCAUAAAACAAGCUGAAGAAGAACGUACAAAAGCAAUACAAGAAAGUAAACGUCUUUUCAAAGAUUAUCAACCAAUGAAAGAACAAAUAAAUAAAUUACGAGAUCUGCUUAAUCUCGAAAAACUUCAAGAUAAUGAAGAAGAUGAAGCUGCUCUAAUGACAAUGCAAUUAAUUUCUCAACAAUCAAAUGAUCAUGAUAUAACAACAUCAAAUCGUAGUUCACAUUUAUCUUCAACAACAUCGGAUAGUAUACAUGAACAACAACAACAACAUCAUCCAUUAGUUAUACCAUUUAUUCAUCAAUCACAACAAAUGAAUACAGGUCCGAUUUCAACAGGUACAUCAUCAUCAAGUAAUAAUCAAUCUCAAUCAUCAGGAAUUAAUGUAUCAAAAGUACUUGGUGCAAUGGUAUCGACAGUUGAUCGAUCAGCUUUUAGACAACAACCACCACCCAUGAAGACUUGUCAAUCUUGCCAACAACAAAUUCAUCGUAAUGCACCCAUAUGUCCUAUUUGCAAAGCUAAAAGUCGUUCACGUAAUCCCAAAAAACCCAAACGUCGUCAUACAGAUAUUCAUCCCUGA